CAUGGCCGCUCCCUAGGAGUCAGAGUUGGAGUUGUGUACAGUGUAGAGAAACCGAAAGCAAUCGAGACGUCUACAUACAGACACAGCAUAUUAUGAAAGGAUAUAGUCUAACAACGAAUACAUUCAAUGAACUGAUGGAAAGGAAAAUGUAAUCCGAAAGUUUUUCCAUGGUCCAUUGCAAUGGAUCUUAGCAUUGUCAGUCUUCAAAAAAUUCAAAAAUCAUCAUAAAAAGAUUCUUAAAGUUUAAAAAAAAUAAAAAAAUUAGGCCCAAUUUGAAGUCCCGAGGCUGGUCCAACUCCUAAGUCCAAGUAGAUCUACUCCAGGUUUCUCAAGUCCACAAUAAAAUUGAGUGAGUGUGAGCUGUACUGUAGUUCUAAACUGCAAAUUCUAGUGUGUGUGUGAAUAAAAAGUUCACGAAUUAAAGAGGCCUCCGCACUGUACUGAAAUUGAACUGACUACAGUCUACAGUCACUGUAACAUAGGCUAAAUUACAAUUCUCUGUCCAUUGUAUUAUUAGAUUAUAUUAUUAUUUAUAGUGUCAAUCUAGUUUCUAGGUCAACUAGAUCUAGAUAUUUUGAUGGCGCCGUUACAGUUUUGUCGAAGGAAAUACAGGACAUUGGGCCUACUUGGCGUAGUUGCAGUGCUUUUUUACUUACUUCAGUGCAUCAGCAUCACACAGUUGGGGAAAAUUCCAGGCAAAAAGAACAAGCACUCCUCCCAGUCGCAGACUUUAGUGAAGAACAUGGCCAUAGAAGAUGGAAUACUGGAGAAUGACCAGAGAAAUAUUGCUGAGAAAAUUGCAGCUGAACAUGCUGAUGUCGAAGAAAAUGGAGCAGCUGCAAGACAAAAUAUUGAUGUCAAAGGAAACAGAUUGCCUGGGAGUACACUAAGUGAUGUGUACAGAGAUGGUUCUGACGAUGAAAGCUUACAGAGAUCCGGUUCCUCAUCCCUGGUGUUACGUGGAGUCCUGCCAUCUGACUGGAAGAGAUACAUGCUGAACAAGAAUGGAAUGUUCUCCUGCAUUGCAGCACCACAGGUUCAAAUUUCUAUGGACAAAGUCAAUGAUGACUUCUGUGACUGCCCGGACUCCUCAGAUGAACCAGGCACAUCGGCCUGCCCUCACAGCAAAUUUUACUGCACAGUGCAGGUCCCCGGCUCCCCUCCUCAGUUCCUCCACUCGUCCAAGGUCAACGACGGGAUCUGCGACUGUUGUGACGGGAGCGACGAGUGGCAGGGGGCACUUGUGCCGGAAUUCAUGAGGAUUGGAGAAGGUCAACCACAAGGUUCCGUCUACCAUGCCCCCUGCACGGACAGAUGUAGUGAGAUUGUGGCUCUGAGUAGACGGGAGCAACAUUUGCGAUCUCAAGGUCAUGACCUUCAGGCUAGCUAUCUGCGGCAGGCACAGACAGAGCUCUCAGACUAUCAGAGGCCGAACUACGGCCCUAACGGCAUCUUCUACGCUCUGAGCAAGCAAUGUCACACGCUCACGUCGGACCAGUACAAGUACGAGGUCUGCCCUUUCAAGUCAGUCACCCAGACCUCCGACUAUCGGCCGCCAGUCAGCCUGGGCGGCCAGAGGUCAAAGGUGGAGAUGGUCGAGGGUCAGCAUGUUAUUGAGAUGACUGGAGGGGAGGGCUCUCUGUGUCCGGCCGGCCGGGCACGCAUGUCCAAGAUUGUUUUGCUGUGUGGACUAAGAGACGAAGUGAUCAGCGUGUCUGAAUCAGAGCUUUGCCUGUACGCCUUCAAGAUGUCCUCUCCUGCUGCUUGCUGAUUGGAUGGUUGGUGUGUAGCUGUCUGCUGAUUGGAUGGUUGGUGUGUAGCUGUCUGCUGAUUGGAUGGUUGGUAUGCUGGGUGCUUAUUAUUAUGUCUCUAACUGAAUGCUGAUUGGAUGGAUGGUGUGCUAGGUUCUUAUCCUGAUCUCAUCGGCUGCUUGCUGAUUGGAAGGUUGGUGUGCUUGGUGUCACCAGCUACCUGCUGAUUUGAUGGUUGGUGUGCGGUGCGCUACCUGUACAUAUCAUUGGCAAGCUGUUCAAUUGUUCCAAGCCCAGAAAGCAACGUUUUUCUGGUGAGAAAAAGAAUUGUUUUUAACAAUAACUACUGUACCUACUUCUCGUCUCUUUUUUUUUUUUUGUGUUGCUUUUUUUAAACAUCAAGAAUCUCAAUUUUGACCAAACAUUUCUAAGGCACAUGCAACCAAUACCAUACCACGGACUGAGAACAGCAAUAAUUUUGUUCUUCUCAAUUUUGGGCAUAGUACAUCUGAACUGCUGGCCGGCAAUAUCAUUAUGUGGUGUCUUAUUUCGAUGGUGUUUUUCUCUAACCGCUUUAUUACUGGUUUUUUGGGACAAUUUUUAGGAGAGAGCAAAAAUGUAUUUUGUGGAGUACUAACUCCCAAAAUUUGACUUCCCCUAUCCUUGUUGUUAUUCUUUAUAAAAAAGUUCCAUCAUUUAGCCGCCUUUCCAGGGGGCUCUUGUGGCCUAGAGGGUAAGGUGUUGGCCUCUCAUUCAAAGGUCCCGGGUUCGAAUCCAGGUAGUGGC